GGAAGUGACGUUUCAUUUUGCCGGCCCGGUCCCCCGUUGACAUUUCAGAGUAGUAGAUAGCAGCGGGUCCUCGAAGCGGCGGCAAUGGAGACUGCGGCGAAUCCCGGGGAGCGCUGGGCGCCGGUGGGCGCGGUAGCCGAAGUCCAAGCUGGAGAGGAAGAAGUCGGGGAGGAAAUCGAAGCCGAACCAGGGUCCCCGCGGGCACUUAGGGCGGAACGCCACCGCCUUCACUCGGCGCUCCUGGCUUUGGCUUCGCACUUCGCACAGGUCCAGUUCCGACUCCGGCAAGUGGCUCGUGCCGGGCCAGGGCAGCAGCAGCGUCUCCUCCGUGAGCUGGAGGAAUUCGCUUUCCGCGGCUGCCCCGGCUCCGGCCUCGGCUUUGCCGCUGCGGCGGUGGACGGAGUGGCCAGUGACGCUAAGAAUGAAUAUGAGAAGCAAGAACAGCUGGAAGCUAGAAAGGAGAAGCAACGAGAACUAAUUCUGCAGCUUAAGGCACAGUUAGAUGACUUGGAAACAUUUGCCUACCAGGAGGGUAGCUAUGAUGCGUUACCUCAGUCUAUGGUCAUGGAGAGACAGCAGGUGAUUAUUGAGGAGCUAAUCAAGAAAUUGGACAUGAACUUGAGUGAGGACAUUGCCUUGCUGUCCCCAGAAGAGUUGCGUCAACAGUUGGAUGCUGCUGUGGCACAAAUCAUCAACCCAGCACGUGUAAAGGAACAGCUGGUGGAUCAGUUAAAAACCCAGAUCCGGGACCUUGAAAUGUUUAUCAAUUUCAUCCAGGAAGAAGGUAGUCCUGGCAAACCAGAGGAAGGACAUUGUGACUGUUCAAAUGAACAAACUGGAAGUGGCACCAGCAAGCCAGACAUGCAGCAACAUCACAGAAGCAGCCGAGUGAACUCAGAAGAAGCCCAGAAGAUGCGAGAAACAGGGCUGCAUCUCAUGCGUCGAAUGCUUACUAUGCUACAGAUUUUUGCUUUGAGCCAAUUUGGUUGUGCAACAGGUCAAAUCCCUCAUCAGUUAUGGCAGAAGAACCAGUCUGACAGAGACUAUUCCCCUUUAGUGAACAAGCUAGAGAUGGCCGUAGCCCAUGUCAGGCAACUGGCUCAAAAGUACCAGUUGCAAGAGACAGAACAUGUCAUCAGUUAUUCAGGUAUCCAGGACACUUCCUUGGGAGGACGUGACGAACUAACACUGGCAGUACGUAAAGAACUGACAACUGCAGUGCGGGAUCUUCUGGCUCAUGGUCUCUACACCCCAUCUCCUGGAAUGAGCUUGGUUCUAGCUCCAAUUGCUUGCUUGCUUCCUAUGCUGGGCUCUUCUCCCCAGCCCAUGCAUCCAUGGGAACUCUUUGUGAAGUAUUACAGUUCAAAGAACGGCCGUGCCUUUGUGGAAUCACCAGCUCGCAAACUCUCCCAGUCUUUUGCCCUUCCAGUGAUGGGUGGGGUACCUGUCACCCCAAAGCAGAGCCUGCUGUCAGCCAUUCACACAGUAUUGUCAGAACAUGACCCAUUCAAGCGUAGUGCAGACUCAGAACUGAAGGCGCUGGUAUGCCUGGCACUCAAUGAGCAGCGUUUAGUCUCAUGGCUCAAUCUUAUAUGUAAGUCAGGAACUUUGAUCCAAGCCCACUACCAACCCUGGAGUUACAUGGCCCAGACAGGGUUUGAGGGAGCCCUUAACCUCCUUAGCCGUCUUAGUAAUCUACAAUUCAGCCUUCCUGUGGACUUGGCCGUUCGGCAGUUGAAAAACAUCAGGGAUGCCUUUUGAGUGGCUUGGCAAGUGGAGGUUGUUUCAGUCAUGGGGUUGGCUGGUGGGAAGUAUACAUUUCUUAUUCUGACCAGAAGACCAUAUUGGUAUGUUCCUAUAGAAGGAAAUAUUUCUAGUUGAUUAAUCUUCUGCUUCUACUGGUGAUUCCAAUCACAUGCAUUAGGAUCCUGACUAGCAGGAUCUUUUGAGAUAUAUGCUACAUGUACAAAUUUGACAAUGGAAUUACGAGAGCAUUUCACUUGCAAAUAGGUAUGGAGGGGAAUGUUAGGAAGAUUUUGUCCUGCCAUGGAACCAAGGCUAUAUUUAAACAUGGCUACUAUUUAAGUUGCAUCACAGUUUGUGUGUUCUCUCCAUGAGGCCUAGAGGGGCUGAUACCUACAUUUAUAAUUUAAUUUUUAAAUAUACUGCCUGGCUUUUCACAUUUGAAGAAGAGACUUAUGUGCCAGGAGCCUUAAAACUAUUUGAUACUGAUGCUGCAAAGCCAGUUACUUCCAGGGAAAUGUGUUUGUUUUUUCCAGUUGAGCUAUUUUGUGCUAGGAAAUAGAGUCCAUUGUAUCCUUACAGGUCAGUAUAUGCUCAAUAUUUUCAGCUGGUUUGUUGAUAAGGGAAUAUAUUGCUUAAGUAAGUACCAGUUUACUUAGAUUCCAACCAAACAUAAGGAAAAUAAAAAAUCCACUGCAUUCA